UCUGUCCACCUUGCCCACAGCUCUGGCCUCAUACCCACCCAGACCACACCUAUGGCUCAAUUGCUGGCUCUGAGACUCUUCAUCCUGGUCUUGGCCCUCUGCAUCCCUCGGACCCAAGGCAGUGAUGGAGGGGCUCAGGACUGUUGCCUCAAGUACAGCCUAAGGAAGAUUCCCGCCCAGAUUGUCCGCAGCUACCGGAAGCAGGAACCGAGCUUAGGCUGCCCCAUCCCAGCUAUCCUGUUCUUGCCCCGGAAGCACUCUCAGCCAGAGCUAUGUGCAGACCCUAAAGAGACCUGGGUGCAGCAGCUGAUGCAGCGUCUGGACAAGCCACCAGCCCCACAGAAACAAGUCCAGGGCUGUAGGAAGGACAGGGGGGCCCCAAAGCGUGGCAAGAAGAGAAAGGGCUCCAAAGGCUGCAAGAAGACUGAGCAGCCCUAGACCCCGAAAGAACCAUAGCCCAGUGACCAUCCUGGAGCCCACGAGGCCCCCACCAGCCUCUACAGGGCUUGGAGCCCCAACCCAAGGAGCAAGAAGGGGUCUAUGAGAGAGGAAGGACUCAGGGGCCCCAGAGCAGCCACCCCAUGCUGGGCUUGCCACACCCCUUCUCCUGCUUCAGCCAUCCCACCUGUAUUCCCAGCCCUAACCUGCAUGGCUAAGCUGCUCACACCAGGCUAGGUCCAGAGAGGCAGAGGAGAGAGAGUCUACCAGGGAGCAUGAGAGACGACAGCAGGACUGUCACCUCUGAGGAAAGGUCACCCAGGAGCCUGGACCUGACCCUGCUCCCUAUUGCACCCCACCUCUUCCUUGUAAAUAUGAUUUAUACCUAACUGAAUAAAAUGCUGCUCUGGUCUCCCA